AUGAAGCUGACAGCGGUAUCGACAUUCGUGGCGUGCUGUUAUUUCCAGUUUUGUCAUCUCCUUUUGUCUCGUUUUAUUUUUAUUUUCAUGCACAUGAUCCAUUUUCCCUCCGUAGUGUUAUGCGCUCUCUUUGCGUGUCAUAAUGCCAUUUGGUGCAUGCACGAAUUGUGCGGGUUGGCGUUAGAAGUGAUGGGAUCAACGUUGGUGGGUAUGGGGGGGGGAGGUAAGGGAGUAACGAAGGCUUUUAUGUUUCGUCGCCGUUCACAUUAA